AUGGCGACGAAGAGCGAGGAAUCGAGCCACGAGAAAGCUCCUCUGAGUUACCAGAAGAGUAUCGAAAUCAAAGCCACGCACGAUCAGUUUAUCGUUUGGAGAGAGUUCCUAUGGGGAGGUAUAGCUGGAGCUUUUGGGGAAGGAAUGAUGCAUCCCAUUGAUACACUCAAAACUCGACUUCAGAGUCAAAUCAUUAUGAAUGCAUCUCAGAGGCCAAAGAGCAUACCACAAAUGCUCCGAUCUGUCUGGGUUGGUGAUGGAAUAAAAGGCUUUUAUAGGGGAAUUGCUCCUGGAGUCACUGGAUCGCUUGCAACUGGAGCAACCUAUUUUGGUGUUAUUGAGUCCACAAAGAAAUGGAUUGAAGAGUCUCAUCCCAACUUAGGUGGACACUGGGUGAAUUUUCUAGCAGGAGCUAUUGGUGAUACACUUGGUUCUUUCGUUUACGUUCCUUGUGAAGUGAUAAAGCAGCGGAUGCAAAUUCAAGGCACUAGUAGCUCCUAUAGCUCCUUUGUUUCUAGGAACAGCAUUCCGGUGACAGCAGGAGGAGGUGACAUGUAUGGUUAUUAUACUGGAAUGUUCCAGGCUGGAAGCUCAAUAUUCAAAGAACAAGGGCCAAAAGGACUGUAUGCUGGAUAUUUUUCGACACUUGCGAGAGAUGUGCCUUUUGCUGGCCUUAUGGUAGUGUUUUAUGAAGCAUUAAAAGAUCUCGCAGAUCAAGGAAAGCAAAAGUUUCCACAAUAUGGUGUCAACAGUUCUGUAGAGGGACUCGUACUGGGAGGAUUAUCUGGUGGACUAAGCGCUUAUCUCACCACUCCACUGGAUGUUGUCAAAACAAGACUGCAAGUGCAAGGAUCUACAAUCAAGUACAAGGGGUGGUUGGAUGCAGUUGGGCAGAUAUGGAGGAGGGAAGGUCCAGAGGGGUUUUUCCGGGGAAGCGUCCCGAGGGUCAUGUGGUAUAUUCCGGCCUCUGCACUCACCUUCAUGGCCGUUGAGUUCCUUAGAGAUAGUUUCAGAGAAAAAAGUAGUAGUAACAAUGUCGUCCCAAGCUUGAGCAUAGAGAGGAAAAGCUCUUCUUCAGUACAUGAGGUUAGUGAGAACUAG